AUGGCCUCGCCGCCAUGCUGCCCGCGGGGGUCCCACGGCCCAGCCGCCGCCGACACUGGCUACGCCGCCGAGGGGGCGUGGGAGGAGAUCGCCGGCAUGGAGGUGUACGUAGUGGGUCGGAGGGAGGAUGCUCGGUCGAUCUUGUUGGGAGUCAGCGACGUGUUCGGGCCCAGGACGGGCAGGCACCUCCGCAUCUGCGACGAGCUGGCGCGCGCGGUGCCUGGCAGCGUCGUCGUCCUGCCGGACCUCUUCCACGGGAGCCCGAUCGCCAAGGUCUGGCCUGGGCCCAUCAGCUUCACUGCCCUGGAGACCAUCCCGCUGCUCUGGCGGAUACGCUACCGGUGCGGCUGGGCGAACGUGUGGCCGGACGUGGAGCGGCUCCUGGAGGCCGUGGGGGCGCAGGUCGGGGAGCGUGUGCCCGUGGCCGCCUUCGGCUUCUGCUGGGGCGCAUGGCUGGUGCUCAAAGGGUGCACGACUGGGCGGUUCGCCGCGGGCGUUGGCUUCCACCCCUCGCUGGACUGCAGCAGGCUCCACGCCACCCUCACAACACCGACGACGACAGCCUGGCCCGCUCGCUGA